UAUAGCCUCUCACGAGUAGGAGUUUCUGUAGCUUACAAAUUGAUACUGCAAUUUGAUUGGUACAACUUGUCUUUUCUUACUUCGUUUCCUCCAUCUUUUCAAGCCUUUAUAAGUGAACCAAACCCCAUGAACACUUCACACAAACUAGCCAAAAUCUUUGAGAGAGAAAAAGAAAAAAGGAAAAUCAAUAGUACCCUUUUUAAGAAAGAAAAACAAAAUGGCUCUUGAAACCGUUGUUUUUCAACAAGAUCCUUUCACUUAUAGCCACAAAGAUAGUAAUUUUUACAAUCUUGAAAAUUUUCACGACUAUGGUUUUGGCUUUGAGGGAUACUAUAAUAAUUGGGAUUCUUCUAAUUCUUCAAUAGCACAAAGUUAUAACAACAACAAUAAUAAUAAUUCUUCGUCGGAAGUUUGCACUACCGGAUUCUUGCCGGUAGGAUGUUCUCCGGUAGAGAAUACGGUUGUUUCGGGGCGGGGAAAAAGGCGAAGGACGAAAUGCUCGAAGAAUAAGGAAGAACUAGAGAACCAAAGGAUGACUCACAUUGCCGUAGAGAGAAAUCGCCGUCGGCAAAUGAACGAUUACCUAGCCAUUCUCCGGUCGUUAAUGCCACCAUCCUAUGCUCAACGGGGAGACCAAGCAUCAAUUGUUGGAGGCUCAAUUAAUUUUGUGAAAGAACUUGAACAACUCCUUCAAUUCUUGGAAACACAUAAACAAGUUACAAAAAAUCAACCACCAAAUUUUUCUCAUACUAAUCCGUUCUCUAAAUUCUUCACUUUCCCUCAAUAUUCUACCGGAAACAACUCCUCGUUGGCGGCCACCACCAACGACGAGGGGUCAACGAUGAUGGAGGAGAGGCAGUCGGCGGUGGCCGACAUCGAGGUGACCAUGGUGGAAAGUCAUGCUAAUGUUAAGGUGUUAUCAAGGAGAAGACCAAAACAAUUGUUGAAGAUUGUAAAUUGGUUACAAGCUAUGUGUCUUACUAUUCUUCACCUUACUGUUACAACAGCUGAUCAUAUGGUACUCUACACAUUUAGUGUCAAGGUGGAAGAUAAUUGUCAGCUAAAUACAGUGACUGAGAUAGCAACUGCUGUUCAUGAAAUGGUGGGCAUGAUUAAGGAGGAGGCUAUGUCUUGUUGAUAUGACCCGUCUCUUCUCUUCUUUGAAGUUAAAAAAAGAAAAAAAAAAAAGGUUGUUCUCAAGAUUGUAUAAUUUCUUGUCAUUAUCAAAUCAUUGUUCUCUUUAGAUUAUUGAUGAUAUUAUUAAUUUUACAGUUCUUACGUACAAAUUAAACUCCAACAAAAUCCUCCCCCUCCCCCACGCCCAGCAAACAC